AUGAAUAAGUGGAAUGUCCAGUGUUCGAACCACGACCCCUACAUAUAUUAUGCUUUUCAGGCGGUUGAAGUGACCAAUGACGUGAAUUUAUGGGCUGAAAAAGAGACAAAUGGUCUUAUUAAAGAAAUUCUUUCUCCAGGGUCAGUUAACAACUUAACCAGACUCAUAUUUGCUAAUGCAUUGUACUUUAAGGGAGCAUGGAAUCAACCGUUUGAUCCUUCGAAAACAAAAUACUACGAUUUUCAUAUUCAUAAUGGUAGUUCAGUCAAAGUUCCCUUCAUGACCAGCAAGAAAGAUCAAUUUAUUAGAGCUUUUGAUGGUUUUAAAGUGCUUUGUAUCCCUUAUGAGCAAGGUGGAGAUAAGCGUCGAUUCUCUAUGUACUUUUUUCUUCCAAAUGCAAAAGAUGGACUGUCAGCUUUGGUCGAGAAGGUGGCUUCUGAAUCUACAUUACUACACCACAAAAGCUUUGUCAUUCUAAAGUCAAAGUAG